GCCGGUAGAAAAGAGAGUCUUAUGAUGACCCUGACAAAGAAGUUCUGGUUCCGCCACUGAUUACCCAGACAGAAAAUGACUUCUUCUUUUUUUUUCAACAGAUUGGAAAAAGAUCGUAACUACAACUAUUUCUGGGUUCGACUGGCAAAGCUUACUUUUGUUUCACUAUUUACCGUUCACUUAUCUGCCUGCGUUCUGUAUCUUAUUGCACACCGUUACAAGGAUCAGUCACAAACAUGGUUGGCACUUCUCUCUUCAGAUGCAGAUAAAGACAGUCAAGCAACACAUUAUAUAAGGGCAGUUUAUUGGACUACUACAACAAUGACUACAACCGGUUAUGGUGAUAUUCAUGCUGUCAAUUGGAAGGAAAUGGUGUUUUGCUCUUGCUUCAUGCUAUUCAACAUGGGUUUGAGUGCAUAUUUCAUUGGAAACAUGACCACUUUAAUCGUUGAAAGGACCGGUCGAACAAGGAAGUUUAGAGAGACGAUUCAAGCUGCUUCAGGGUUUGCACAAAGGAACCACCUUCCUCCUCGCCUGCAAGAUCAGAUGCUUUCUCACUUAUGCUUGAAGUACCGAGCGGACUCAGAAUGGUUGCAGCAGCAGGAGAUCAUUGAUCUGCUCCCAAAAGCCAUUCAAUCAAGCAUUUCCAAUUUUCUCUUCUAUGGCCUUGUUGAUCAAGUAUACUUGUUUAAUGGUGUGUCAAAUGACACUCUCUUUCAACUGGUCUCAGAGAUGAGAGCUGAGUAUUUUCCACCCAAAGAAGAUGUGAUCUUGCAAAAUGAAGCCCCCACCGACUUCUACAUUUUGGUGUCUGGUUCUGUGGAGUUAAUUUCACGAAGGGGUGGAGUUGAACAGGUUGUUAGAGAGUUAAAGACUGGAGAUGUAUGUGGUGAAAUAGGUGUGCUUUGUUAUAGGCCACAAGUAUUUACUGUUCGUACAAGACGACUAAGCCAGCUGCUAAGAUUGAAUCGCACCCAAUUUCGGAACAUAAUCCAGUCAAAUGUUGCAGAUGGCACAAUAGUGAUCAGCAAUCUUCUUCAGCAUUUGAAAGAAAGAACAGACCCAGCAAUGGAAGCAAUAUUGGUAGAUACAGAGAAUAUGUUGUCACAAGGAAGGAUGGAUGUGCCUCUGAGUUUAUGUUUUGCAGUAUCAAGAGGUGAUGACGUAUUGCUUCUUAAAUUACUUAGACGAGGUGGCCUUGAUGCAAACGAGAUGGACAGUAAUGGACGAACGGUUUUGAACCUAGCAGCAGCCAAUGGAAGUUUAGAAUGUGUGCUUUUACUCUUAGAUUAUGGAGCAGAUCCAAAUAAAAGAGACUCGGAAGGAAAUGUUCCACUGUGGAGCGCUAUCAUCGGACGCAAUGCAGAUGUGAUUAAACUGCUUGUAGACAAUGGUGCUACAUUAACUUCAGGGGAUGUGGGGGAGUUUGCUUCCUAUGCUGUUGAACAAAACAGCAUAGAAAUGCUUAAAGACAUAAUAAAACAUGGUGGGGAUGUUACGGUUCGGAACAGUAUGGGAACUACAGCACUGCACAAGGCCAUCUCCGAAGAGAAAACAAAGGUAGUAGAGUUUCUAAUUAAUCAUGGAGCCAACAUUGACAUGCCAGAUGUGCACGGGUGGACCCCACGCGACUUGGCAGAUCAUCAGGCACAUGAAGAUAUUCUAGAACUGUUUCAAAAUAUGCCUGCGCCUAAAGAGAAACCCCCCAGUGGCAUCAAGGCAAAGCUUGAUGGCGCCUCAUACAUUAAGAAGUACCAAAGUGAGCCCAGGAUGCGUCAUAUGCCCACUGAAACUCCAAGGAUUUCAUCCGCAGGCAUUCAAGAUGUCAGGAGACGCCCAGACGACUUCAGCAAUUCAGUUUUUGGGAUUGUCUCAUCUGCUAGUAGGAAAAAACAUGCAGGUGAAACGGGGUUUAUGCCAUCAUCACCACUGCCUAUGUUUAGCGCAGUUGAACGAAUGCCUCAGAUUGUUAGAGUAACAAUUAGUUGUCCAGAGGUAAACGACCAAGACGGGAAACUUAUACGACUUCCUGGAUCACUGCAAGAGCUACUAGACAUCGGUGGCCAAAAGUUUUCCAUAUCUCCUAGAAAAAUUUUAACCAAACAGGGAGCUGUUAUUGAUGAUAUACAGCUAAUUAGAGACGGCGACCAUCUCGUUAUUGCUAGUUAAAACUGGGUCCGUAAGUAAACAAUCAGGAUCAAGCGCAUGUUGUAGCCUUUAGAUAAAGAUAGGGAUUUUGUUUUCCUUAGGGUCUUGCUUAAU